ACUCCAAUCAUCCGCGAUAGUCGUUAUCACCUCGUCGAUCGCAUCGCGUCGGCAUCACCUCGCACCUUCCAAAUCGCGGUCUCAUCGCCCGGCAGUCCCGUUCCUCGCGCUCACAACGUGGUUUUCUUCACGCGCCUCUACCGCGAAAUUAAGCAGUGUGUAUCAAUGAAGUAGAAUCUGCGAGUGAACUCGUUCCGUGAUCCGGCUAAGUUUAAUAAAGCGCUUUUCGAUCUUAAAGCCUUUGCGUCCUCUGCAAAAACUACGAUAGUAAUACACGUUUUCCACUAGUGCGUUUUUUAGUCAAAUGAAUUGUGGAGCGCAAUUUUAAAACCAAGUGCAAGUUUUUGCACUGAAGGCCGUCAUCAAAUCAAAAGAAGACUGUUCAAACACUUGUGGCUCCUUCAUCAAAAAUGACAGCGACUGAAAAAUCCAACGGUGUGGCCGAGAAGACGAACCCGGAAGCAGAAACCCAAGUCUCAAGCCCAAACACGCCGGUGGAGGCACCUCCACCACCGGACGAUCCAGUGGAUCUGGUCAACCAAGCGACCGGGAAUUUCGGCAAAUGGCAGUUCUGGAUUUGCCUGGCGAUAUCCCUCUCCAAGUUGCCCGUCGCUUGGCACCAGCUCAGCAUAAUCUUCCUAUCGCCCAAGCUCCACUAUUUCUGCUCGGAAGGACACAGUAAUUUCACCUCACCCUCAACCGCAUCGACGAGGGCUGCAUGUUGGACCUCGGUCAAUGGGACCAGAACGAGAUGCCAUCAUUGGACCUACGAUACCAGCGUCUUUCAUAACACCAUCACCACGGAGUGGGAUUUGGUAUGCGAGCGAAGUCAGCUCUCCAAUGUGGCACAAUCAACCUUCAUGUUCGGCGUCCUUCUUGGAAAUGUUUUAUUUGGUAUGGCUGCCGACAGCAUGGGUCGAAAAACGCCCCUACUAUGGGGUAUAAUUUUACAAGUAGUAGCAGGAAUCGGGACUGCUUUUGCCCCCUGGUACGAACUAUUCCUGCCUCUCAGGUUCAUUACAGCGCUUGCUGUUGGAGGCACCAUGACAACUAGUUUUGUUCUAUGUAUGGAGAUUGUUGGUGGAAAAUGGAGGACUAUUGUCAGCACACUAUAUCACAUUCCAUUCAACAUAGGUCACAUGACUCUUCCACUAUUUGCGUACUAUACUCGAGACUGGCGAGCAUUCCAGCUAGGCAUAUCCAUACCGUCCAUUUUAUUACUAUCUUAUUAUUGUUGCGUUCCAGAGAGUCCACGGUGGCUACUAGCAAUGGGCAAAGAAAAACAGGCGAUGAAAGUACUUAACAGAGCUGCUAAGAGGAAUAAGAAAGAACUCCCAGAGGACUAUCAACAAAGUAUUGCGGCUUCUCAGAAGUCCCGAACUUUGAGCGAAAGCGAUUCAGACAAAAGAAAGCCGAACAUCAUUGAUUUAUUCCGUACUCCGAACAUGAGGAUAAAAACUCUAGCACUUUACGUUAACUGGGCAACAUGUGGUCUCGUCUUCUACGGUCUCGCCCAAUACAUGGGCGAAAUAGGAGGCAACAUCUUCAUCAACGUUGCUCUAUCAGGGAUUACGGGUCCUGUGGGUGUGUUGUCGAGCUACUUCUUCUUGAGCUAUUACGGGCGGGUGAAGACUAUGUCCUACUCUCUUAUCGCCACGAGCAUCGCUCUCUUGUGCUUGUCGGCUGUGCCUCAACCAGAUCCAGAAGCCUCAUCGUUGCCGAAGAUAAUUUUGGCGUACGUGGGAAUCAUUGGCGUUUCGGUGGCUUUCCCGACAAUUUAUCUGCUCACUGGUGAGCUUUUCCCAACCGUUGUGAGAAAUGUCGGCGUUGGAUCUAGCUCCAUGAUGAGCAGACUGGGCUCCAUGGCUGCCCCUUUCGUUUUGUCUUUAGGUGCUAUUAACGUUCAUCUACCUCCGAUAAUCUUUGGAUUACUGCCAAUGUUCUCUGCCGCAUGCUGUCUUGCACUCCCGGAGACAAGAGGAGCCGAACUGCCGCAAACGAUGGAAGACGGGGAGAACUUUGGAAAGAAACACAGAUCAGACACAAAAUCAGGUGUCCCCAACGCUGCAUUUACAUCAGAAGAAAACGACACCUCCUCGAAAGCAAUCUGAUUCAGUCAGCCUCGCCGUUAUUUCCUCGCCACCGACGUGUAUUAUACUCAAAGUUCUAUCUUCAAUUGAUUCGUUCUUAGCAAUUUUGUUUACCGAGAAGUUAACCUUUUCCCAAGCUGUUUUAUAAUUUGUAUUAUCUUGUUAUUCCGUUUCUUGUUUUUAAAGAAACUACUGUUUAAAGAGCCAUAAAAAAGGGACUAAAGCAUUGUUACAGAAAAUAAUGAUUUUUUUAAAUGUCACCUUUUUUCGCCGCGAAAAGUAGACGCUUACUUUGGUACUAGUUUAUGCCCCUCCGAAUUAAUGAGUAGUGAAUUUGAAAUUUUGUAGCAUUUUAUAACCCUCAAAGCAUUACACCUCAUUAUAAAAUUAAAAUUUGUAAUUUUUCAUAUCAUGAUGCGUCUCGAAUUUUAUUUUCUCUAGCUCGAAUUCUCUGUAUAGUUGUGAUCAUACUCAGAAAUCUCUUCAAAAUUGUAACAAUGUUUUACUCUCCUGGAUAAGAGUUGUGAAAAUUUUAAGAAAAUUUUCAAUAAUUAUAUUUGUUGAAAUUUUAUUUCGGAAUGUAUUUGCUUGUAUUUUAGUUUAAAUGUAAGACUGUUAUUGCUGUAAUUAUUUCUAUUUAUGUCUUUAUUAGUUUCAAGAUGUAUUAGGUAUAUUUAUUUUGUGAAAAGGGCAUUUAAAAUGCUCUGUUUUUGUGGAUUUUAUUAUGUUUUAAAAUACUAAGAUAGCAUUACGUAUUUAUUUUUUUACCGAUGAUAUUAUUUCUCUAAUUUCAUUGUCAUUAAACACAAAUUAUGAACACUCCCUUAUGUGCUAGCUCUUCCAAGUGUGUCAGAGCAGAGGGCACCAACGAUGUCAGUAGAGUUAACACAAUCAUAUCAGCAAUUUUGAAUUUUUGCGUAGAUUAAAGCAUUUUUUCGGAUUCUCGGGCAUUUUGCUUAGGCUCCUCAAUGCUGCAAAAAUCUGUAUAACUAAUAGAAUCUGACAAAGCGCAUGUGUUAACUUGAUACAGUUAUUUCAUAUACUUCAAAAGGAAAAUCAUGUCAAACGAACUAAAAGAAAAUUGUGUGAAAAUUCUUAAAAUGUACCAUUGAAGACCUGCAA